AUGGAUAAGACCACCUCCCCCGCUGCGCGGCCGGUUUUCCCGGCGGAGCUGGACUACCAAUCCGGCUUCGACAACCACUUCUCUUCCGAGGCGAUCGCCAGAGCACUCCCCCGCUGCCAGAACAGUCCCCUCGUCUGUCCCUAUGGCCUCUACGCCGAGCAGAUCUCUGGCACCUCCUUCACCUCUCCCCGUAAACUCAACCACCGCAGCUGGUUGUACCGAAUCAAGCCGUCCGUGACGCACGAGCCGUUCAGGCCUAGAAUCCCGGUUCACGAGAAGCUGGUGAGCGAGUUCAACCAGUCUAAUAGCUCGGCCACGCCGACCCAGCUGCGGUGGAAGCCGCCGCCGGUUCCAGAGUCGCCGACCGACUUCGUCGAUGGGUUGUACACUGUGUGUGGUGCUGGCAGCUCCUACCUCCGGCAUGGUUUCGCGAUUCACAUGUAUACUGCCAACAAGUCGAUGGUUGAUUGUGCAUUUUGUAGUGCGGAUGGAGACUUUUUGGUUGUUCCUCAAGAAGGAAGGCUGUGGAUCACUACCGAAUGUGGAAGAUUGCAAGUAUCUCCCGGUGAAAUUGUGGUGUUACCUCAGGGAUUUCGGUUUGCCGUUGAUCUGCCGGACGGGCCAUCAAGGGGAUAUGUAGCUGAGAUAUUUGGAACUCAUUUUCAACUUCCUGACCUUGGACCCAUAGGAGCUAAUGGUCUUGCUGCUUCAAGGGAUUUUCUAGUUCCUGUUGCCUGGUUUGAGCGUACAUCCCGUCCCGGUUAUACAAUCAUUCAGAAGUUUGGCGGUGAGCUUUUUACUGCCAAACAAGAUUUCUCCCCAUUCAAUGUGGUAGCAUGGCAUGGAAAUUAUGUCCCUUACAAGUAUGAUCUAAGCAAAUUCUGCCCGUACAAUACAGUUUUGGUGGAUCAUGGUGACCCCUCUAUAAAUACAGUUCUGACUGCACCCACUGAGCGACCCGGUGUGGCAUUGCUCGAUUUUGUCAUUUUCCCACCAAGGUGGUUAGUUGCUGAAAAUACAUUCCGCCCCCCAUACUAUCAUCGUAAUUGUAUGAGCGAAUUUAUGGGCUUAAUAUACGGAGGUUAUGAGGCGAAAGCUGAUGGAUUUCUACCCGGAGGCGCAAGCCUCCACUCGUGCAUGACUCCACAUGGACCCGAUACCAAAACAUUUGAGGCUACUAUAGCCGGAAAUGAUGUGGGCCCACGAAGAAUUUCUAACACCAUGGCCUUCAUGUUCGAGUCAUGCCUAAUGCCUAGGGUCUGCCCGUGGGCACUCGAGUCUCCCGAUAUGGACCACAAUUACUAUCAAUGCUGGAUCGGUUUGAAAUCCCAUUUUACAUGUGACUCGACAAGCGAUGGUGGCCAAGAUGUGGAGAAUGGACACGACGGGAAGAAAAUGAAUGAAAAAAGCUACUCCUCGUCAGUGUAA